AAUUAACACUUGUCGUCUUCUAAAAAUUGAAAUAACGCGAGAAAACUGCGGAAAACUUCGAAGAAUUUAUCACAAGCCUACAUAAAAUUAGAGGUAUUUUAACAGCAGUGAAUAAUGCAAAUAAUCGCAGACACAAACCGCAAAAUCCCCAUCCAUUUCACUGUAGCAGAUGGAAAGGAAGCGAAUUACGGGAACCAAAGUAGAAUUUGUGAACGCAGUCAUACCACGCCUUACGCUAAAUGCGAGGUCACCAGUAUCGAAUCGAUACGACAAACGACAGUGUUUGUCGGGACGCUAGACUUGCCGGUACGCCAAACGUUAUAAUUAUCGUCAACUUUUGCGAGUUCUCCCCUGAUUUCCCAACGAAAUUCAGCCUGAACCGUAUUAAUAAGCUCGGAAUAAAUGAGUCGCAAAUCAAUGGAACGGUUACGAUACACGAACGAGCACAGUUUGAUGCUUUUAAAGGAAGUUUUAGAUAGAAAUCCGUUCGAAGACCCUUACAGAUGGAGUACGGUUCAUGAGAAUUUCGUACGCAUGACGGGUCGUCCGUAUACUUUGCGUUCGGUUAGGGAACAUGUCGACUAUCUUUUGAAGCUUUACGUAAAAGGAGAUUUAGAAAAUAAAGCCAGAUACAAAGGAAGCGACGAGGAACAUGUAGAAAAGCUGCAACUACUUCACGAAGUGCUGGAACUGAAAGAAAAAUACUUCGAUGUAAUCCAGGAGCGAAAACCCGCAAUGGAUCGCAGUAGCAAACGUGCCAGAUCGGAAGCAUCCUCGCAUGAUGAUGUUGAAUCAACGGACAUGUUCCUGGACGAAGAUCUCAACGACGACUCAGUCCCUCCACCUCAGAACUCUGGGGGUAUUUCUGCGUUAACUCAGGACGGAGGACUGGCUAAUGUGGCCACUCUGCAAUUCCUCAAAGACAAACAUACGAGUGACGUGGACCUAAGGAGGGCUGAAGUGGAAGUGCAGGAGAAAAAAAUCGCGCUUGCUGAAAAGGAAUUCAAACUGGCCAGGGAGAAAUUCGACUUGGAAAAGCAAGAACGACUAAGACGAUUGGACCUGGAACAGCAAGAGAGGGCGAUGCAUUUAAAAGUGUUAGAACAACAGCAGAAGCUGAUUCAAAUGUUUUUUGACCAACAUAAAUGAACAGACAGAAUGAUGUUCUGUGUUGUUUUUUUAUAUUUGCAAUAAAUAUUAUUAUAAGAAAAAA